AAACAGUAGACAGUCGAUUUUUUCUGGUCAGUAAGCUUUGGUUGAAUCAAGAUGGCAACCAGUGAUGAUGAGCCUAUGGCACUUUAUGAAGUAUUUCAGAAUUGUUUUAACAAGAUAGCCAAUAAACAACCAGAGAAACCUGGUUUCACGUCGCCGUACAGUGAUAAUGGAAUGCCAUACGGUAACAGCUACGCGGGCGGCGAGCCCUUCGGACCGGACUCACCUUAUUUUCCCUUCGGCAACUCGCCCAGAAGACCGCCGCCACCAGGUGAGUGAGCACCCCAGCGAUGCUCCGCCCGUCCCGGUCCUGGCCGAUCCCAUCAAGAGCUAUGGUGCGAUGUCCCCCGGCGUCCCCCCGGCGCCCAACCAGGCCACCUCCCAGCCCCCGGCAGGCCACUCCCCAGCGGCCAGCCAGGGCCCCGGUACGGACGUGGUGCCCCCCAUGGCCGUGCCCGUCCCCAACACCAGCCUCCCUCCCAUGUCGAGCUUCCGGGGCUCGACGGGGGCGGCGGGCGCGGGCGCGGGGGCGGGGGCGGGCCCCGCGGGUCCGGGCAGCCUAACCCCCGUCACCUCGGCCGUCAUCCCCACGUCCAGCCCUGCCAACCCCUCCCUCUUCACGAGUCACCACUCGCCCGGUCCCGGCGUGGUCCCGACACCCGGGGACACCUUAGGAAAAGCCCUGGCCUCGAUCUAUCCAUCGGAGCACAGUGUGGCCAGCAGUUACAGUUCAAACCCAUCUACGCCAGUCAGCUCACCUCCCCCCUUAGCAGUGAGUGGUGCUGCAGGGCCUACUGGGGGCCCCCCAGGGCCUUGGUCAGGAGGUCCCCCUAGUGGGGCCAACCCCUCCUCACCACACUACUCCUCUGCACCCCACCAUCACUCUAACUUACACAUGAGCGCGCCACUUGAAGAAAGAUUGGAUGCAGCCAUUGGGUUCCUACGGGAUCAUAGUGAAGGUACUCGUAUGGAAGAACGAUUAGAUGAUGCCAUAAAUGUAUUGCGAAACCAUGCAGAGAGUCAGCAACUUCUUGGACAUCUUCCACUACCUCCACAUCCUCAUGGGCACCAUACACAUUCCACCAAUGGUCUCCUUCAAUCUGGUUAUCACCACGAUCCUAGUUUAGACCCCCACCUGGGAAAUGCACAUCCUGGUACACCAGGCAGUACAGUCCCAUUACCUCAAGGAUCAUACCCUGGACUUUCAGCAACUCCAGAUGAGGCUCCAGUAAAGUUAGAGAGGCUUACAGGAAGAAAACGAAAAGAGCCUCCUGACAGUUCAGAUACCAAACCAAGUAGCAGCGAUUUAAUUGGAAGCCUUGUUAAUUCAACCUCAAGCAAUAAAGGAUCAAAAAGAUCUCGAAGCUGUUCUAGUGCUGAUGAAGAUUGCAAUGAAGAUCCUGCAUUAAAAGCUCAUAGAGAAAAAGAGAGACGCCAAGCCAACAAUGUUAGAGAAAGCGAGGACGAUGAUGAUGACCCGGCUCUUAAGGCACAACGGGAGAAGGAGCGAAGGCAAGCCAACAAUGCCCGAGAGAGGAUACGUAUCAGAGACAUCAAUGAAGCACUGAAAGAGUUAGGGCGCAUGUGUAUGUCUCAUUUAAAGACAGAUAAACCUCAGACAAAAUUGGGGAUAUUAAAUAUGGCUGUAGAAGUGAUAAUGUCACUUGAGCAGCAAGUUCGAGAACGAAAUUUAAAUCCCAAAGCUGCCUGCUUAAAGAGAAGAGAAGAAGAGAAGGCUGAAGACAAUACACCAAAGCUUGGAGGUGGACACCAUAUGGCCCAUGGUCCUGGGCCUCACAUGGUGCAACCCCCUUACCACGGCAUGCCUCCUUUGCAAGGUCCAGCCUCAACCUUACAACACAACCCACCUGGGCCUCAGUAGCAUGUAAAGACAAGAAGAGACAUCAUAUUCUUCAAACAAGCCAUACCAAAAGCCCACUGAGUGGAGUUAUUUUUGUUGUCUUUUUCUAUAAAGAAAAAUGAUUCAUGUUAAGUGAUGUUUCUGCCUAGUACAACUUUUUAAUAGAAUAUGUGGACAAAGUGUAAUGACAUUCUAUGAACUAAAUACCUGUGUGUGUGAGAAACUGUUGCUGUUUUCUCAGUCAGCCAUCACAGCACAAUUUUCAUAUGGUGCAUGUACUUUGAAAGUUGUCCAUUGCCCUGUAAAUAAUCAUACUCACUAUGAUGUAACAUUAUGUUGGCUUUGUUUCAGAAGCGAUCAUAAUGUUAAGAUUGUGUAAAUUGUUCGUGCAAUUACAGGUCCUACCCAUAAAUAAUGCAUAGUACUUGUUAUUGACCAUUUGGCAUCAGUAUGUACCUGUGAAUGAAUGAAGCAAGCUCCUCAUCGAAUGUGAUAAAGAGUCCUGAUCUGUGUGAACUUUACCUAAUUUAGUCAUUGGCUUUCUUGGUCUAAAUUCCUCUUGAAAACUUUGUGCUUGCUAAUUUAUUUAUUGGUACUCGAACACUCUCACAUGACACCAAGCCAGUAUCUUUAUAGGUAAUUUUGUAUCUUCCCUCUACAUUUGUUAUCUGACAAAAGAGGCUGCUGUGAAAAAUAUGUGUGUGUACCUGUGAGAAACUACCCUGAACACAUCUCCUCUGUAUCUCAUUCUCAAAAGUAAAUUACCCAAUGACAUGAUGUCAGGGAGGUACAAUGUAUAGGAGGGUUUAGGGAUGUACCUGUGAUUGUGCGGAGUUCAUGACAAAAGACACGAUUGCCUCAAUAUAUUCUUUAUCUUGCCUUCAAUGAGUUGUAAAAUUGCCAUUUCCUUUGCUGUUAAAGGAAAUUCUUGUAUAUGGCUGCUUUGGUUUAAAUGGGUGAAAGAAGUAAGAAAUCAAAUCAACUUUCCAAUUUUUAUGAAAAUGUUUAAGUUUUUUGUUGGUCUUCAUAGGUAGACUAUCUUUUUAAAACUGACAACAGGUUUUAUUUAUUUCUAUUUCUCAUAAGUAUCUAACUUUAAGAGGGGUCAAGUACUACUCCCUUCAAAGUUUCUUUGCUUGGUUCAAUACAACUAUGCAUGUAAAAAGAAGUCAGGAUAUACCUUUUCUACUUAUUUUUACUUUUUAGUUUGUGUUCUUAUUGACCAAAGAACGGAUACUUUGUCCUAUCCUGUGUCAGUGAAACAUUGAGGAAGAAAAUAUUAUGUGUGGCUUAUGUGCCAUAUAAACAUAUCUCCUCCCUCAAAUUUUGUUGGAUUUUACUACUGCACUUGAAAACUGCAGGAAGACUUUUGAAAAGAUCAAAGCAAUGGUGAACUCCAGGUUUUUAAAAGUUAUUUUAUUACAGUUCCAAUUAAUUUUCCUUGUUUGUGGACUUCUAUUUUGUAUUGUUUGUUCAAUGUUUAAUUUUGUGUGUAUCUCUGAAGUACAUCACUUAAUUAUCAAGAUAACUGCUUCAUGAAGCAGUUUUUGUCACAUUUUUCAAACAAUGUACAUCAGAUAUCUGAUGUGUGGUCCAUAGUCAGAAAAUUAAAAUCAUAUACCUACCAUAGGUAAUCUUCAGGGCAGUACUUCUCUAAAGUUUUAAUCUUAACUUAAAUGUGGUCCAUAUUGUUCUCUAAAUACUGCUCACUAUGCAUUCUUCGGUUGAAACAAGUUUUUUGUUCUCCCGGUUGAUUUAGGUUCAUUUUCUCUCAAAGGUAUCUACCCUACCCUGUAUCAUCCUCAUCAUCCCCUUUAUAUGUAAUCUGAGGCCUGAGUUCAUUAAUUUUGCUUCCACUCUUUUUUGAGAUUUUUUAGUGAUGUGUGUGAUACCAAGUCAACUGAGGCAACGGUGUCUUUGAUUUGAUUUCUAAACGAAAUGGAAGGGCAGUCAUAGAGAUUUCAAAGAGACAACAGUUUACAUUUAUAAAGUGUACAUUGUAAAUUUUACUACUGGAGAAAGAAACGUCCACAUUGUGAAUACGAAAUAUGUGAUUGAUUUUAUGUACCAUGUUUGUUAAUAAGGUUUGUUUUGACAGUUAAGAUUGAAAAAUCAGACCUUCUUUCAAGCAAGCAUGAAAUGAUUUGAUUGUGUACUAUGUAAAAAGUAAUAGCGUUACAUAUAGAAUAAAAUAAUGAUAAUACUGUAUUUUUCAUGAUGUAUGAGUGUGUUGUUGAACAUAUAAAUACACAAUUAGUGCUCUUACCCAAAUCCAGAUUGAGAGAGUGUGAAUGAGAGUUAGAGAGAUUGUCCUUUAGUUUUUUAUUAUUAUUUUCCUUUUUUUUUAGUAAAUCAAAUACUGUGUUCAUUAGGUUCAAAGUGCUGUUCUGUUGCGGUUUUAAAACUUACUAAAUGAUGAUGUUAAAGUGUUUAUGAAAUAUUGCACUAAAUUAUGUAAUUUUCUACAGAAUGGAAUGGGUGCAUAGAAUUCUAAAUCAACUAAUGCAUACUUUAAUUGUGGAUCCAAUGUGUUGUCUUAGAGUUUUCAAAAUGAAAUUAUAAAUCUAUCAAAUUUAAUGAGGGGAUCAAAAUAACAGUACACAUUUUGGCUUCCAUUUUAUUAUUUCUAAAGAACACAGCCCUUGAGAAAUUGUCUUAUUCUUCCGUUAUAGUGAGAGAACUGUUUUAAGUGCAAAUGUUUUUUUAUUCUUUUCUUUUCUGAAAAUAUAUGUGCCAUUUUUCCAA